CCAUGCUCUUGCAGCAGCGAGGGCAGCAGCAAACUUAGCAGCUAGAGAACAGGCAGCAGCAGCCAGAGCAACAGCAAUGGCUAACGGCGCAGCCUCUGCUGCAUCCUCGUCAGGGACCCAGUUGGGAAUGCCCUCUGGGCCCGCAGGUACUUCCGGGUCAGUAGGUUCUAGUCAGUCCACAAGUCAAAUGGCGGGCUCGCGGUUAAGCCCAUUGACCCCAUGCGGUAGGGAGCUUCUAGAGCUCCAACAGGUCGAAAGGAUCCGCGGGCGGUUAGAGAUGGAACUGAAGCAAGCUAGCGAUAGAGAAAGAGAGAUUAAAAACAGAACAGCCAGGCUUGAUACUUUAGAGGCAGACAAAGCUGCUUUAGAGGGAUUGGAUGAGUCAACCAUGACUGACCAAGUGAAAAUAUUGAAGAACAGCAUGCUGUCGCUGCAUGCUCAUGUGGACASCAGGUUAGACUUCAUGCAGAACUCUUUAGACCAGAUCUUGGACCUUUUGCAAAGGUCAGGAUUCCGGCCAGCAGCACAGUCGCCGUUGCCGUUAACGGCGAUGUCAGGCCCCUUCCCGGUACAAGCUGGCACACAACCAAGUGGUACGUCUGCAGCAGCCGCACAKACUGUUGCUUCUUCUUCUUCUGGGUCAGCGGUGGUUGCUACACCAUCACCGCAACAACCUGUUCCUCAACAGGGACAGCAGCAAGGUCAAUGGUACCCAAAGACCCCUAUGAAACCGCCCCUUGCCUUCUCCGGAGAGACGAAGGACGAGGAACUCAACACAUGGUUGAGAACGGUUCCAGUUUGGGUAAAGGCGAAGAGGACUUUGCAGGAGGAGGAGGUGAUUACUGUUGCAUCUUACCUUGAGAGUAAGGCAGCCAAAUGGCUGGAUGGUUUAGUUUCAAAGGCCGGAAAUUUGCUGGCCAACGAGGCUCGCCUUGAGUAUCACUCAUUUGAGACCUUGUCUAGAAAAGCCUUAGAUUUAGAGGCCACUCUAGGAAGUGCUCAACCGACUUCAGUUGACACAAGGAAGAAGAAGAGUCCACAGGAAUGGAAGAAGAAGGGGAGCAAAUUGAUGAUGGUUGAGUCCGAUGGGACUCAAACAGAGAUCGAAGAGCUCACAAACCUGUUGGACUAUACAGAGUACGACGGCGAGGAGAUCGUUGACGGUAGCACCCUCGCCGCAGUAGUUAAGACUAAGAUAGUUACUGAGGUCAGAUCUUGCUUAGGAAUGUGCGGCUACUGUAGGAACUUAGUAAAGAACUAUUCUACAGUCACCUCUCCUUUGACGGAUCUAACUCGACUUGACACGCCGUGGGACUGGAGUGAUGAGUGCGGGGCUGCCUUCAAAAGAUUGAAGCAUGCACUCAUGAAUCAUGAAGUUCUCAUGGUGCCCGAUCCUCAAAAGCCAUUCAUUGUAACCACUGACACAAGCCAAUACGACAUUGGCGCAGUGCUGGCUCAACAUGAUGGGAAAAAGUUGAGACCGAUAGAGUACAUGAGCAAGAAGAUGCCAUCGAAGAAACUGGCAAACUCCACCUAUGAAAGAGAACUCUAUGCUCUUUACAAAGCCCUAGUCCAUUGGAGGCAUUUCCUGUUGGGACGGUUCUUCUACUUGAGAACUGGCCAUCAAACCCUCAAAUGGAUCAAGACUCGACCGGCUCUUUCUGAUGCACUCAAGCGCUGGAUUGAGGUCAUAGAUCAGUACGACUUCAAGCUUGAGUAUCUGAAGGGAGAGUACAACAAGGUUGCAGAUGCGCUAUCUCGUAGAGCAGACUACCUAGGGGCGCUAGUUUCUGAGUUAUGUGUAUCUGAGGAAGUAACUCAAUCAUUGGUGGGAGCCUAUCAGGAAGAUCCUGUCAUGAUGGACAUCAUCCGCAAACUUCACGCAAAAGACAAGGCCACAGAGAAUGAGUUUGUGAUGGUGGAUGAGUUACUCUUUCUUGAUAAGGCCGGGUGUAAAAGGUUAGUAGUUCCAUCAAGUGAGAGUUUGUGUAGUUUAUUUCUAGGAGAAUGUCAUGACGCAACACGACACUUCGGCUACAAAAAGACAAGUGCCAAUCUAGUACAGCGAUUUUGGUGGCCUGGAAUGCUAGAUGAUGCAAAGAAGUAUGUAGAGACCUGUCAGGUCUGUCAGCGGGACAAGCCGCGAACUCAAGCACCGCUUGGGUUGCUGAAACCCUUACCUAUCCCCGCUGGUUCAGGACAGAGUGUUUCCAUGGACUUCAUGGAUACCCUGGUGACCAGUAGGAGUGGCAAGAGGCACAUCUUCGUCAUCAUCGAUCGAUUCACCAAAUACGCUAGACUAAUUGCCAUGCCAGAGACAGCAAGGACUGACCACGUCAUCAAGUUGUUUAUGGACAACUGGGUACGUGAUUUUGGACUACCAAAGUCAAUUGUUCGCAACAGAGAUGUCCGAUUCACAAGUGAGCUGUGGAAGAAGACUGCUGAGCAGAUGGGCAAUCAACUUCAAAUGACUUAAGGGAAUCAUCCCGAAGCCAACGGACAAGC